CAGGUACAUCCGGGCCACUAAAGAAAAUAGGGGCCUUUUUCAAGCGUACGCCAUCACUGGCGUAACGUAGUAUAUUUUAUUGACAGAAAAAUCAAAAACCAUCCAAUAUGGUGAAUUUUACGGUAGACGAGAUCAGAGGGAUGAUGGACAAGAAGCGGAAUAUCCGCAACAUGUCCGUCAUCGCCCACGUAGACCACGGCAAGUCGACAUUGACAGACUCCCUGGUGUCCAAAGCCGGUAUUAUCGCGAACGCCAGGGCCGGCGAGACACGCUUCACCGACACCCGCAAAGAUGAACAAGACAGAUGUAUCACCAUUAAAUCCACUGCCAUCUCUAUGUUCUUUGAACUUGAAGAGAAGGAUCUGGUCUUCAUCACAAACACUGACCAGAGAGAAAAGGGUGAAAAGGGUUUCUUGAUUAACCUGAUUGACUCGCCUGGACACGUUGACUUCUCUUCCGAAGUAACAGCUGCUCUCCGUGUAACUGAUGGAGCCCUGGUGGUUGUUGACUGUGUUUCCGGUGUGUGUGUGCAAACGGAGACAGUGCUGCGUCAGGCCAUCGCCGAGCGCAUCAAGCCAAUUCUCUUCAUGAACAAGAUGGACCGUGCCCUGCUCGAGUUGCAGCUUGAAUCUGAAGAGCUUUACCAGACAUUCCAGCGUAUUGUUGAAAACGUCAACGUUAUUAUCGCCACCUACAAUGACGAUGGUGGUCCCAUGGGUGAGGUGCGUGUGGACCCCAGCAAGGGCUCAGUGGGCUUUGGCUCCGGGCUCCACGGCUGGGCCUUCACCCUUAAACAGUUCUCGGAGAUGUAUGCUGACAAGUUCAAGAUUGACCUUGUCAAACUUAUGAACAGACUAUGGGGAGAGAACUUCUUCAAUGCCAAGACCAAGAAGUGGUCCAAACAGAAGGACAACGACAACAAGCGUUCGUUCUGCAUGUACGUGCUAGACCCCAUCUACAAGGUGUUCGACGCUAUCAUGAACUUCCGCAAGGAGGAGAUCGACGGUCUCCUCAAGAAGCUCGGUGUCACACUCAAACACGAGGACUCUGACAAGGACGGCAAAGCUCUGCUUAAGGUUGUAAUGAGGAGUUGGUUGCCGGCGGGUGAAGCGCUGCUUCAGAUGAUUGCCAUCCAUCUGCCCUCGCCCGUGGUGGCGCAGAAGUACCGUAUGGAGAUGUUGUACGAAGGACCUCAGGACGAUGAGGCUGCUAUCGGUAUCAAGAACUGUGACCCAGAAGCACCUCUGAUGAUGUACGUGAGCAAAAUGGUACCGACCUCGGACAAGGGUCGUUUCUACGCGUUCGGUCGUGUGUUCUCCGGCCGCGUGGUCACCGGACAGAAGGGCCGCAUCAUGGGACCUAACUACCAGCCCGGCAAGAAAGAGGAUCUGUACGAGAAGACCAUCCAGCGUACAAUCCUGAUGAUGGGUCGUUACGUGGAGGCGAUCGAGGACGUGCCGUGCGGCAACAUCUGCGGUCUGGUCGGCGUCGACCAGUUCCUCGUCAAGACAGGAACCAUCACCACCUUCAAGAACGCGCACAACAUGAAGGUCAUGAAGUUCAGUGUAUCUCCCGUGGUGCGUGUUGCCGUGGAGCCCAAGAACCCCGCCGACUUACCCAAGCUGGUGGAGGGUCUGAAGCGUCUGGCCAAGUCGGACCCUAUGGUGCAGUGCAUCAACGAGGAGUCUGGCGAGUACAUCGUCGCCGGCGCUGGAGAGCUGCAUCUUGAAAUCUGUCUUAAGGACUUGGAAGAAGACCACGCGUGCAUUCCCAUCAAGAAGUCUGACCCCGUGGUGUCGUACCGUGAGACUGUGAACGAGGAGUCUGACCAGAUGUGCCUUUCCAAGUCGCCCAACAAGCACAACCGUCUCUUCAUGAAGGCCCAGCCCAUGCCUGAUGGUCUGCCCGAAGAUAUUGAUGAGGGCCGCGUCAACCCGCGUGACGACUUCAAGACCCGUGCCCGUUACCUGGGCGAGAAAUACCAGUACGAUGUGACGGAGGCGCGUAAGAUCUGGUGCUUCGGCCCCGAGGACACCGGCCCCAACAUUCUGGUGGACUGCUCCAAGGGAGUGCAGUACCUCAACGAGAUCAAGGACUCAGUGGUGGCAGGCUUCCAGUGGGCCACCAAGGAGGGUGUCAUGGCGGAGGAGAACCUGCGAGGUGUCCGCUUCAACAUCUAUGAUGUUACGCUGCACACGGACGCUAUCCACAGAGGUGGCGGCCAGAUCAUUCCGACGACCAGGAGAUGUCUGUACGCGUGUCUGCUGACCGCCAAGCCCAGGAUCAUGGAGCCUGUCUACCUUUGCGAGAUUCAG